GUCCUGGAGGUUCCAGGUUGCAAAAUUCUAAUGGCAGGUCUGGACUCCGGUUUUCCCCAGAUUUGGAGGAUCUGGAUCUUGGCGCCCCGAACCCUCUUCCUGCUAGUCUCUGGUGCUCUAACGCUGAUCGAGACGUGGCCUGGUCGUAUCAAUCUUGACCCAGCAAUUUGCAACAGGACAAAAAUUGGGAUGGGUCUCAGUUCUUCCCUGUUGCCAGGACACCACUCUCUGAGGUAUUUUAAAACCACCCUUUCUGGGCCCCAAAGCAGAGAGACUCACUUUAUCGCAGUUGGCUACAUUGAUGAUACAAGGUUUGAGCUGUUCAACAAUGAAGCCCCGAUUCCAAGGGCAGAAGCACUGACAUCAUGGAUGGAGAAGCUGGAUCCAUGGAUCCUGGAUGGAGAGACAUGGUGGUUCAAGUACCUGGCACAAGUUUCAAGAGAUCGCCUGAACACAUUUCGUGCCUACCACAACCAGAGUAGGACAGGGUCUCACAAUUACCAGUGGAUGUGUGGCUGUGAUGUGGGGUUGGAUGGACGAUUCCUUCAUGGAUAUGAUGAUCAUGCCUAUGAUGGUGAGGAUUAUAUCUCCUUGAACGAGGACCUGCACACAUGGACAGCGGCAAACAAAGUGGCUGAGAUCACUAAGCGUGACUGGGAGGCAGCAGGUUUGGCAGAGCAUGUCAGGAAUCAUCUACAGUCUGGAUGUGUGAGAUCGCUUCUCAGAUUUCUGAAGUAUGGAAAAGAAAGUUUGGACCAUGCAGACCCUCCAAAGACACAUGUGACCCGUCACUCCAUCUCUGACCAGGAGGCCACCUUGAAGUGCUGGGCCCAGGGCUUCUACCCUGCAGAGAUCACCCUCACUUGGCAUCGUGAUGAGGAGGACCUGACCCAGGACACAGAACUUGUGGAGACCAGGCCUGGGGGAGAUGGAACCUUCCAGAAGUGGGCAGCUGUGGUGGCGCCUUCUGGAGAGGAGCAUAGAUACACCUGCCAUGUGCGACACAUGGGGCUGCCUGAGCCCCUUAUCCUAAGAUGGGAGCCACCUGAGUCCUCCACCCCCAGCACAGGCUUCUUUGUUGGUCUACUUCUUCUUGGAGUUGUGGUUAUUGGAGCUCUGAUUUGGAGGAAGAAGGGUUUCAGGUGCUAAAGGAGAGAGACUUCGAGGAGCAUACAGUUAUUUCCAGUUACUUCCUAUGUAUUUUAUAUGUGCCCUGCUCACACCAUUGUCUGGAUGUGUAUUGUGACCUGAGAGAGGACUCCACCACAGGCACCCUCUUUAUCCUGCUCUCUAUCUCCUAUUCUCUUGUGUCUAGGGACAAUGGAUUACCCUUCCCCUGAACAUUGCACUAAUCCCUUGGCCCCUGCGUAUGGCAUCUAUGACUAAUAAACCUAUGAAUUGCAUUG